AUGGCAAAGGCUAUUGCUCUUGAUGAAUCGGAUCCGGAUAUUCAAUUGUCAAGAAAAUUUAAUGCAGCAUGGCUUGCCGACCUCGAUCUCAUUCGACAAAUUACCUUACAGGAAAGUCAAGAAGAAGAAGAUCGAAUUUUUGCGGCAAGACUGGCUGGUGUCUCAGUGGAUACGAUUCCUGAUGAUGUUCGUGGUAUGGCAAUGUUACUUUAUGAUUCUAACAACGAGAGCGACAACGAUGAGGUUCAAUCAACACCAAUAAGCAACAGCCCCGUCGUAUCACAUAAAGUAGCUCCUGUCAAGCAACAUAGGAGAAAAAAAUGCACUUUGUGUAUGGAAUAUACUAUUAAAACGGAUCCGUGUCUUCCAUGCAAGCAUAUCUAUUGUAUUGACUGCCUUCAAGAAUUGUUUACGAAAUCGAUGCAAGAUGAAACGUUGAUGCCACCGAGGUGCUGCCAACAAAUCAUUCCGGUCAAUUUAGCUCGAUUGACAUUAAACGAAAUAGAAAAUUUCAAUGCCAAACAACUUGAAUAUUCAACAAAAGAUCGUCUCUAUUGUUCUCGACCUACUUGUUCGGCUUUUAUUCCUCCGGCGCAUAUCACGAAUAGCAUUGGCACAUGUCCAAAACCUGGUUGUGGAAUAACAACAUGCUCUAUUUGCAAAGCGGCUAGUCAUGGUACACUUGAUUGUCCCAAGGACGAGGAAACAUCGGGGGUUCUGGCUAUAGCUGAUCAAGCCGGUUGGUCUCGUUGUUAUCAAUGUCGAGCAUUGGUAGAGCUGACACAGGGCUGUUUCCACAUGACUUGUCGAUGUCAUGCACAAUUUUGUUAUUUGUGUAAAAAACCGUGGAAAAAUUGCCCAUGUCCUCAAUGGGACGAAAGGCGUCUUGUUACGGAAGCUCGUAUUCGUAGUGCAAGAAUACCGGCUCAUCAAAUGCGUCAAACCAACAAUAGAGGACAAGCAGAUGAACAUGUACAACGUAUGGUUGACCGCCUACGUGCUAAUUACGAGUGUCGACACACAAAUCAAUGGGAAUAUAGAGCAGGUGGAGGUCGAUGCGACGAAUGCUCUGACUACUUGCGACAAUAUCUAUUCCGUUGUAGUCAAUGCCAUUUAAUGGCUUGCAAUCGUUGUCGCCGUAAUCGACUAUAA